AUGCUGCGAUUCUUCCGCUCCAUCAGCAGAGGACGUCGGAAAGGCGACAACGAAGACACCUGGUCUCCCUUCGCUUCAUCUCCCGAACGACCUCGCCACCGCGCCGUUGGUCGCGCCCGGCAUCAGACCAACAUCGACGACCGCGAGUACGAAGAACACGACGAUGACAACCACGACGACCACGACGACGACCACGACGACCACGACGACGAUGAGUUCUCCCCGCGACGGCCUCUGAAUACGCAGCAAGAUUACUUUGGACGGCCGAAUCACUACCAAGAUUACGAUGAUCUGGAAGAGGGAGCGGUCGAGGACGAAGAUGGAGGUGAAGACGAAGACGCGGAGGGGACGCCACUGCUACCCAUCUUCUCGGCGGCGCAUCUUGACAGGCUGCCCCUGUACAACAUUACACAUGCCAUUCGCCAGCUGAUCGUGGCGAGAUGCGAGACCACGCUAUCGUGGGAUCAGCUCCGCUCGCCUCAGAUCAGCCAGUUCCUGGUGAAGCCCAUCCAGGGCCAGAUCAGGGCUGACCAUUUCAAUCGCGCGACGCUGUGUGCGUUGAUUGCGAAUUGUCUGCAGUUCCAGAAAGAGGGACAGAUGAGCCCGGGAAAUGUUGGUGUAUCGAGGACAAGAGCCGCCAUCAGCGAGCUUCUGGCCAUGCGGUUGCUGAGAGAUUAUUCCACACGCGAAUUGAUCGAUUCGCUCUCCUAUGACUUCGAUCCUCUGCAGGGAAUGUCGUCCGCGACGGAGAACACACAGAAUGUGACACAGAAUGUGGUCCGGAGACCUCAGGGCAGGGUAGCAAGAGUCAGCACAAUCGAGAUUGCCAUUCGCGCUGAGGCGAAGCGCUUCCUUGCCCACCCUCUGGUGGUUCAGCAUCUAGAAGCGAUCUGGGCUGGCAAUAUCGUCUUCCAUUCCGAAGCCGACAACCUUCACCGGAGACAUCGACAGUCUGAGGAGGGCUUCAAGGGUCGCAUGGCCGGUUAUGGAACGAAUGGGCCUAAUACCAGCGCCUUACCGGCUGAUUCUGUCCUCUCCAGGAAAGCACACAGCAGCAGGCCUAUUCCGCGCUCAGUGGAGCCACCUCCCGCACGGCGAGCGGUGACCCUAUAUAACCCCAAAGAUGCCUCACUCUUCAAGCUCAGCCGUCUGCGGGUCCCGAGAUACAGGCAAGUAUUCAGCACGGUCAGCUUUGCAAUCAUGCUUGCACUCUUCGUGGCAGUAUUGGCCGACCGAAACUUGGUCAUUACGCCUCUUGAAGUGCUUUUCUGGUUCUGGAGCAUUGGCUAUAUGCUCGAUGAAGUCGUAGGAUUCACAGAGCAAGGCUUUGGAUUGUACAUUCUGAGCUUCUGGAACGCGUUCGACCUUGGAAUUUUGGUUCUGUUCGUCAUCUACUACUGCCUGCGUCUCUACGGAAUCGUCCUGGCCGACGAAGGCAAACACAGGAUUGCGGGCAUUGCAUACGACGUGCUAGCCGCGACUGCAAUCUUGCUGUUCCCACGACUCUUCAGCGUAUUGGACCACUACAAGUACUUCUCCCAGCUACUCAUUGCCUUCCGCCUGAUGGCUAUGGAUCUGAUGGCGGUCUUGGUCUUGAUUGUUAUCAGCUGCUCAGGCUUCUUCGUCGCUCUAUCACUGUCGUUUGCGGACACCAGAGAUGCGAAUGGUGUCGCUUACUCCCUCUUCCAGAUCUUGAUGGGCUUCACGCCAGCUGUCUGGGACCAUUGGGCUGGCUACAACUUCCUUGGAAAGGCCAUUAUGGUCAUAUUCCUCUGCAUCUGUCACUUCUUGGUUGUCACAAUCCUCAUCACCGUACUUACCAACAGUUUCAUGGCAAUCGUCAAGAAUGCGGAAGAAGAGCACCAGUUCCUCUUUGCGGUGAACACGAUCUCCAUGGUGAAGUCGGACGCCUUGUUCAGCUAUGUCGCUCCGACGAACGUAGUGGGAUGGAUGCUCAGUCCACUGCGUUUCCUCAUCCCGCUCCGUUCGUUCGUCAAGUUCAACCGGACGAUCAUCAAGAUCUCGCAUUUUCCGAUCCUGUUCACCAUUUUCGCUUAUGAGCGCAUGAUAAUGGCAAGAAGCGCUUUUGCGCCCGCCGAGUGGAUCGAGAGGCAGCCAGUCCAGAAGAAGCAGGCUGUUGCAUUCAGCGGCAACAAAGCUCCUGAGCUGUACACGCCAAGUCACAGACUCCGAGAGCCGUCCGUCAUCAGCUUUAACAAAGAUCGAGCUUUGGAUGAAGUUUUCAGACGGCCGUUCCAGGGCGACACACUUCGGACUACUACGCAAGACAUGGAUGUCGAUCGAAGAAAGUCCACUGCCGUUGAUCAUUGGAUGGAAACUGCAGAGAACGAAGGAGGAGCUAGCCCGCCACUUGAAGAACCAAGAAGCGUUCUGGAACGACUGGAGCAUCGCCGACCCAAUUUUAGACGUGCUAAUACCGGUGAUACUCGUAGGAGAAUGAUGAAGCCUUCCCGAGAAUUCUCAACGGCGACACGCAGUGUGGCUAGUGACCCAGAUUUGCUGUCGUUGACGGCUUCUCGGUGGCCAAACCGCAUUGAAGAGGAGCCAGAAACGAGCACGGGCGAAUCUCCACAAGACACGGAGGCUGAUGGAGAUGAUGAGAUCAAUGAGUCCGAGGACAAUGCCACACCAGCAUUGGGCGAGAGUGCUCUAUCAAUUGACCGGACCACAGGUGAUGAAAGUGAGUCUGAGUUUUUCCAGACACCAGUGGGACCAAGUUCGCCAUUGAUGCAGCUAUCUCAUGCCGCAAGAGCACGAAUCGCUCAUGCUCCGGAAAUGUCUCGAGCCGUUGCACCACCGCAGCGCCUUCAGGGGCAGCCGAGGAAGAAUCACAACCGCCAGACGUCUAGCGGCACCAUCUUGUUCGCGCCGGAGCCGAGCUUCGAGGACUCUUCGACGUCGAACCCGGCCCGGCCCUCUCGAGCCCAAACCACCAAGAGGCUCAGCGCUGGUAGUGCUACGCCGCCGGCAGCAAGCCUUCUUGGCAACGAUGGACCUUCUGGCACGCGGACACCUGGCAGGAAACAAGCGCAGCAAACGAAGGCACGUCCGAUUAUGCCUCCUCGCCAAAAGACUGCACCUAAAAAGCCCGGUCUCACCUUCCUCGACAUGCCGCCUGCAAGACGUCGUGAUCCAUCGUUCAAUGCACGUGCUCUCGAUCUUGCCAGUGACUUGGGCGACAACAAAUUCUCGGGCGGUGGCAUCGACGCGGGCGGUAUCUCAGGCAUGCCCGCUUCCUUCAGCGAACAGAUGAUGCGCGAGCGCGAACUUGAACGCCGAGCGGAAGAAGAUCGUCGCCGUAGCGAGGAAGAAGAAAAGGGCAUGGUGAACCGCAUCAUGCUCGCGAGGAUGCACACGCUCGAGGAAGGGUUCCGCGAGGUCUUGAAGGAGAUCAAAGAUCUCAGUCAGACUGCUAAUAGCGGAUCGAGGCGCGACAGCGAGGCCGAUGCGGGAAGUCAUCUGCCGAAGAGGCCUUCGCGGCCGAAGGUAGAACCUUCGACGAGUGCUGUUGGUGAUGGUACUCCUGCAUGGCAGCCUCCUAAGACUCCGAUUGGCCGGAUCGGGGGCAAUGAGAAGAGUAAGAAGGUCAGUCCGAGGAAGGCUGUCACGAAGAAGAAGGAGAAAGAAAAUGAAUUCCCUCGAUCUGGCAGUGCUGGGGACUUGUUGAAAUUGAGCCGAAGUGAGGUUCCCCUGUCGCGUCACGAGUCUCUUCCGGCUGGUGGUGGUACCGCUUCUCCGGACUCGGUGCAAUCUGUGGUGGAAAUCCCGCGGGAGGAGGUGUCGACGAGACCUCCGACCGCUUAUCGCACAGAGCAUACACAGAAAGAUGAGGAGGAUGAGCAAGAGGAAGAGGGUAAUGUCGACAGGAAAUCAUGA